AAACACGAUACAAUUGCUUUGCUCAAAGAAGAAUACAUUACUCCUACAAAAAAAAAAACACUAAUCAACCAUGAAAGGCUCAUCGUCUAGAAUUCUCGUUCUUCCUCUACUAGUACUCCUUCUCAUUGCUGUUCAGAAGGAGGUGAUGGGAGAGCAGACAAAUAAAAAAGUGUGCAAGGUCGGGCUUAUCCCUCCUGCUAAACAAGGAACUUUGGGGUGUGAAGCUUUAAACUGUGACUCUCUAUGUAAAGAGACUUAUGGACAACCAACCAUCGGAUUGUGUUAUUUUAUUGUCUAUUGUGCAUGUUACAAGCCUUGUUAAAAAAUUUCACUAUUGAAAUCAUGAUGUGAUGAUCAGUGAUAUAAGGCC